AUGAUGCUCAUCUCCCACUGGCACGUCCACACCAGCAAGAAGCCUGCUGACUGCAGCAAGAGCUUCUGCCAGGGCUCCCAAUCCCUCCAUCACCGCCGCAGCCCCGGGGAGAGGCCGCACGUCUGCAGGUGCUGCCGCCAGAGCUUCCAGCAGAACUCGACACUCGUCGCCCACUGGCACGGCCACGCCGGCGAGAAGCCCUUUGCCUGCGCCGGCUGUGGUGAGAGCUUCAGCCAGAGCUCCAGCUCCAACACACACUGCUGCAUCCACACUGUCAAGAAGCCCUUUGUCUGUGACAUCUGCUGCAAGACCUUCUCCAAGAGGUCCACCCUCCACCAACACAUGUGGGCCUACACUGUUGAAAAGCCCUUUGCCUUUACUGACUGUGGGAAGAGUUUCGCUAGCGAGUCCCACCCCACCCAGCAUCGCUGCACCCACACUGGCAGGAAGCCCUUCAUUUGCAACAGCUGCAGCAAGAGCUUCUCCAGCAAGUCCAGCCUUAUCCGGCACCGCUGCAUCCACACCGGGGAGAGAUCAUGUAUCUGUGACAACUGCAGCAAGGGCUUCAGCCACAGCUCCACCUUCACCCAUCACCACCCCGCCCACACCAGAAAUAAGCCAUAUGUCUGUGACAACUGCAGCAAGAGCUUCACCAAGAAGUCCACCCUCACCCAGAACAUGCGGACCCACAACGGUGAGAAGCCUUUCUCCUGCAGGAUCUGCAGCAAGAGCUUCUGCCAGAGCUCCAACCACAAAAAGAACAUCCACACCCACACCAGGGACCAGCCUGUGCAAAGCAUCCCCAACCUCAUGGAGGUGGGAGUGUCUGGAGGUGAAGCUGGGUACUCUGUUGCUGGCUGGUAUGAAACCACAACAGUGAGGAAGCAGAAAAAGCUUUCUGUCAUCACGUCGCAGCAGUUCAAGGUCAAUGAGAAAGUUCUUGGGGAGGACAGGAACUGUCCUGGCAUUUACUGGCCAGCCAAGGCAAACAGGGGGCCAACAGUCUGGAAGAUCCUGGGACAACUUGUUAACACAGCUGCCAAGUAG